AAAAACACAGUGCUAGGACGCGGAGCUGGAGCAGUCUCCCUCGCUGUCAGCGGCAUCUUCGUUGUUUUCGCCGGGUGCCGAUGGCAGAGAGGAUGGUCCAGCCGGAGAGUAGCCGUUGUCUCGAAUGACAACAAUGCCCCGUACCCUCGGAGGUUCCCGAAUGUGCGACUGAUGACCAAGUGAGGCGAAAGUAAGAAAGGAAAACACAUCAUGUUGCUGUAACUCAAGGGCUGUGUGGCUAGAAGUGGCGCGGGGCGGCGCAGGAAGGAAUUCGCCACAGAUCAUUUUGGUUGACUUUUUGAAAGCUCGCCAACAUGGGCAACACAGCCACCAAGUUCAGAAAGGCUCUAGUGAGUGGAGAUGAGGUCCUGGCCUGGCAGCUGUACGAGGGCAACCCCCAGUUCAGAGAUGGUUUCGAUCCCAAUGUGUCCUAUGGAGAGCAAUACCAGCACAACACAGCACUCCACUAUGUAUGCCGCCACGCUAUGACUCGUCUACUCAGGUCCUUCUUGUUCAGUAAAGAAGGGAAUCCAAACAAGCGAAAUGUCCACAAUGAGACGUGUCUUCAUGUGCUGUGCCAAGGACCUCAGAUCCUUUUGCUGCCGGAGGGGGCGCUCUCACCACGACUGGCCCAUCCAUACAGGGAUGAGCAGCGGCGUGCAGACUGUCUGCAGAUGAUUCUGAGCUGGUCGGGAGCCAGACUGGAGGGAGGCCAGUAUGAGAAGGCAAAUGUGAACUCUACUGACAACCACCACAGCACUUGUCUGCAUUACGCUGCUGCUGCUGGCAUGAAGAGCUGUGUGGAGCUUCUAAUCCAGAGCGAGGCAGAUCUUUUUGUAGAGGACGAGGACAAGCUGACGCCAUGUGACCACGCUGAGCGGCAUCACCACACUGAGCUGGCCCUCAGCCUUGAGUCGCAGAUGGUUUUCUCUUCGUCCACAACACAGCAUUCAAACGUGGACGUUCAUGGAGAAACCAGUCUUAUGCAGUUCAAAGAGCCUUAUGAAGGACUGAAGCUUCAGGACCUGCGCAGGCUGAAGGACAUGCUGAUUGUGGAGACGGCAGACAUGCUGCAAGCACCGCUGUUCACUGCGGAGGCUCUGCUGAGAGCUCACGACUGGGACAGGGAGAAACUGCUGGAAGCUUGGAUGUCAGAUGCUGAGGGCUGCUGCCAGCGAUCUGGCGUCACCAUGCCCACCCCGCCACCUAGUGGCUACAACGCCUGGGACACCCUGCCCUCACCCCGAACUCCCAGGACCCCUCGCUCACCCUUGACUCUUACCCUCACCUCCCCCACGGACAGCUGCUUGACACCUGGAGAAGAGGGAUUAGCUACAUGUGGAAUCUGCAUGUGCUCCAUCUCUGUCUUCGAGGACCCGGUGGACAUGUCCUGUGGCCACGAGUUCUGCCGAGGCUGCUGGGAGGGUUUCCUAAAUGUGAAAAUCCAGGAGGGUGAUGCCCACAAUAUCUUCUGCCCAGCGUAUGAGUGCUAUCAGCUGGUGCCUGUGCAUGUGAUUGAGAGCGUCGUUUCCAAAGAGAUGGACCAGAGGUAUCUGCAAUUUGACAUCAAGGCUUUUGUAGAAAACAAUCCGGCCAUCCGUUGGUGUCCAGCAGCACGCUGUGAGCGGGCAGUGCGACUCACCAGACCGGGACCGGGAGACAACGACCCACAUAGCCUCCCACUCCUCCCCUCUCCAGCUGUCGACUGUGGGAGGGGCCACCUCUUCUGCUGGGAGUGCCUUGGAGAGGCCCAUGAGCCAUGUGACUGUCAGAUGUGGAGGAACUGGCUCCAGAAGGUGACUGAGAUGAAACCCGAGGAGUUGGCUGGUGUGAGUGAGGCCUAUGAAGAUGCUGCUAACUGUCUGUGGCUGCUGACCAACUCCAAACCGUGUGCCAACUGCAAGUCUCCCAUUCAAAAGAAUGAGGGCUGCAACCACAUGCAGUGUGCCAAGUGUAAGUACGACUUUUGCUGGAUCUGUCUGGAGGAGUGGAAGAAGCACAGCUCUUCCACUGGAGGUUACUAUCGUUGCACUCGCUACGAGGUGAUCCAGCAGCUGGAGGAGCAGUCCAAGGAGAUGACUGUGGAGGCGGAGAAGAAGCACAAAAGUUUCCAGGAGCUGGACCGCUUCAUGCACUACUACACUCGCUUCAAGAAUCAUGAACACAGUUAUAAGUUGGAGCAGAAACUGUUGAAAACGGCGAAGGAGAAGAUGGAGCAGCUGAGCAAAGCUUUUAUUUGCCGUGAGGGAACUCUUCCAGACACGCGGUUCAUCGAGGACGGUGUGAGCGAGCUGCUGAAGACACGGCGUGUGCUAAAGUGCUCUUAUCCGUACGGCUUCUUCCUGCAGCAGGGCAGCACUCAGAAGGAGAUCUUUGAGCUCAUGCAGACCGACCUAGAGAUGGUGGUGGAGGACCUGGCCCAAAAGGUCAACCGACCGUACCUGAGGACUCCACGCCACAAGAUCAUGAGCGCGGCCCGUUUGGUGCAGCAGAAGAGACAGGAGUUUCUGGCUUCUGUGGCCCGAGGUGUCGCUCCAAACGACUCCCCUGAACCUCCACGUCGAAAUUAUGCCGGGGGCUCGUGGGACUGGGAGUAUCUGGGCUUUGCCUCUCCCGAGAUGGGGAGCCGCCACUCGGUGUUGGGGACUGGUGAUCAGAGGGAGCGCCUCUCACAGGAUUAUGCUGACAUCCAGUACCGACGCAGACACCGGCCACGGCGCAGAGGGGACAUGCUGAGUCUGCACAACCUCAGGAGCAGCAGCAACACGCCGGAGAGCAGCAGGCGCAGCAGCAACACAGAAGGUCCGGACAGGAUUGAUGGACGCAGGAGAGGACUUGGAUCUCUGGAUGAUGACGACCCAAAUAUCCUGCUGGCCAUUCAGCUGUCCCUGCAGGAGUCCCGCAGAGAGCGAGGCCUAGACGGAGGUGUGGAGCGAGGGCUUGAGCCCCGGGUGGAUCCGGACAGAGAGCAGGGCAGGCGCACUGCCUCCACUGGAGACCUGGGUGAUGUUUCGCUGCACUCUCUCAGCACAGAUGUUUCUUCUGGGGCCAGUCGCCUUUCUUUCCCCACUUCACAACGAGACCCGCCACGACCCCCCAACAGGACAGACUCAACCAAUCAGCCAUCUUUGUCUAACCCCAUCCCGCUCCCCCCACCUCCUCCCUCCCUCAGCGCGGAGCUGUUGGAGCUCGGAGACAGCCUUAUGAACCUCGGGAGCAUAACCACCACUUAUGACACAGAUGAACAGGAGCAGCGCUGCUCUCGUCAUUCAUACGGCAACCGGGCUCUUUCCAAUCCACUAGAACACGCUCCCGGUGACAGACAUGAGACUGGUGCUCGGACCUACGCGCUUGAUAACACAGCUGCACGCGUGACUGAGGUGGAACAAACUGCUUCCUGUUCUCAUGAACAUUCCCAAAAACCAAAUUCAUACCACUUGGAUCAGGGUCCCGUAUACAACAGAACAGCAGACCCUGACAUCUCUUAUCCCUGUAGCUCUCACCCGACACUUCUGUCCUCUGGCGCUAUAGAACAUUCCACACAGCAAGAGCUUCAGCCUCCGACCCAGUUGUGCCUCCCUCCUUUUGACCUGGAGCCUGAACUUCAGUUCUCACCGGUGAUUCCCCGUGGGGGGCCUUUUACCCCAAAUGACCCCGAGAGCCUGGAGCUUCUGGAUCCGACCACCAGUGCCCAGCUGCUGGACAACAUCAUGGCCUGGUUUAACCACAACAUAAACCCCCAGAACAAUCCCCAGAGCCUGGCUCUCAUACCCUCCCCUUCCACCACAGAGUCUGACUCCUCCCCCGACAAACUCACAGAGAACGAGUCUGAGAGCCAGAACUCCACAGAUGCAGCUGUCUGGCAGCCCCUGGAAGGUCAGUCAGAGGCCUGUGCAGGAUCUGAUGAUCCACUUCCUGGUUUUGAGGGCGCAGAGACCCAGUUCCAACUGGACACUCCUGAGCUGGAGAAUCAAGAGGGUGAUGAGGAAGUAGCCGCCAAAUGUGUGUCUGACCUGGAUGACGCAGACACACACCUCCCAACCAGAGACAGCCCCGCGCACACUGCCAACCCCACAGACCUGGACCUGCAGCUGGAGCAGGACCAGUCACCCGAGGAGGACUGGGAGGAGCAGGUCCACUUGGUGUGAGAGAGGGAGAGGAGCGCGCUGUUGAUGCCGUGCUGGUCUUUGUAUUAUAAUGUAUGUAGAGAGAGGCGGACCACCUCAAGAUGUCAUGAGCUGUUUCAUUCUUUUAUUUACACAUGUGGGACCCCACAGUGGAGGACAAGGCUUUAGGUCCAUUGAAGGAAGUUGUGCAGACGUCAGGUAUAAAACACACAUUUAUCAACUUCAAAUUGGAUAAUUAUAAUAGACUCAGGCUGGUAGAUGGUGUGUCACACUCACACGACAAUGACUUGAACUCGCAUACACAGGGUCAAAGGUCAAGUGAACCGUUGCUUUUGAAGGCUUGACGCAUCAUUGCUUACAGUGAAGCCAUAAUCAGAGAGGUGUUUCAAUCACAUCAUCGACUGAGAUGUGAUUUUAGGAAAUAGUUUUCAACUGUGUUGGCCAUAUUUUAUCUUCAAUGGGCCUAAAUCGCCAUCUUUGGGGAGCUGCUUAUCGUUUUUGCACAAGCCUUUGUUUCUUAUGUUUCAACAAAAAUAGAAGCACAACACUCCUUUUUCAAGCUCACGUUGAAAAACACAUAUAUUUAACACUGUUGUCUUCACCCCAGCCUGCAUCUGUCGGAUCUGUCAAUCUCUAAAUUAUUCUUUUGUAAAAAAAAACAAAUGAGUUCUGCAGAAGUAAAUAAAAGUAAAUAAAAUAAACAUUUAUAUUUUACUAUAAUUCCAUAAACUAGCCUUCUGUACUGCAUUUAGCCUCUGAAUUGUUUCACUCAUUAAACCUUUGCGGUUCAUGCCAGCACCUUGUCAUGUGAGGUGCACAACACUUUAUUAUACAACAAAGCCUGUUUUUAAAAGUCAUUGUAUCACGUCAUACAAAGAAAAUUGAAGGCUUCAUUGCUUUAUGACACAUGGAUCUAGCAUAAAAUGGCUAUCAACGCGCACAUAAAAGAAGUUGCUGUGUGAUUCAGAUUACUAUUCAGAUUACUAUAUACUGAAUUACACACACACCACUUUUCUCUAAGCUUUAUUAUCUGAUCUUGCAACAAACACUCCAUGUAGAAAAUGGGGUCAAAAUGUGGAAAAAAACGAAUGUUGUGCUUUUAUUUUCACAAUUUGUUAGACGUGAAGCGAAUGAAGGGAAGCUGCUGAUCACUAUACUUUUCUGAAUCUUAGUUAUUACCGACUUCUUUUUGGGUUUGGUGCUAAUGUUAGCCAGUGGCACAGCUGCCCGCCCACGAGCCUGUCGACAGCUCCAAGCCAAGCCUCAUGAACGUCACCUGGAGCUUGCUAGCGUACUGUACAAUCAGAGGUUCUGAUUUCGUCUUUGGACCUUCACGCACACCGUGCCUGUGUUAGAGAGCCGACUCACUACUGAAGGACGACCGUCGGCUCGGAGCUCACACUGCGUUUUGCUCUUGUUCCUGUGGCGAGGAAGCGAGAGAUUCUCCGGCCCUCGUCUGCAUAGCGGCGAGCGACGACUGAAUUCCUGCAGAACCUUUAAAUAUGCGCAUUUUGAGGUUCAUAAUGUUAGAUUCUGCUUAAUUUCCAAACUAGUCCACACAUUAUGUUUGCAUUUUUCAAUGCAUCAUUGGUUAUUGGCACCUUUUAAACUUUUUUAAUGAGCUGUUGUAUUCAAGGUCCUUUGAGGUUUUAUGAUUUUAACUUAAAAGCUAAGGUAAAUUACUUUAAAAAAAAUAAUUAAAAAAAGAUAUUUUUUUAAUGUUGAAAUGUAUUUGACUUACACAAGACUGAUGUGCAUCUCUUUCAGAAAAAAAAUGUGGUUGGCUCCUAAAUCUGAAACAAAAGUCAAACUGAGGAAAAGAGUCUUUUAAAUUUCAGCAUAUUUAAAUUGGUUUGUCAGGUAGCUGGAGCGCCUUCUCUGCUGACAGCAGAACGGCCAUGAACCUGCAUUUUAAAUUGUAAAAUGUAAUCGUGUGGAUGAAGCCUAAACUCUACACAUGAUCGUGACUACUUAUUAUUAUAUUUAUUAUUUUUUAUGUUAUAAAAAUGUCAAGAAAUGUUCUCAUUUAGUUGCAUUUGCAGCUUCACACGUUAUUUUACCGUUCAGCAGAUCAAGGUAUUGCGAUAGCUGUUCCACUACUGAUUUCGGGUGCAGUAAAACAUGCUUUUAAUAUAUGUAUUUUGUUUUUAACUUAUUGUUCUUCUUAUGCCUAGAAAACAUUUGUUCAAAUCUGGGUGCCUUUUUUUGCCACACUGUAGAUGUUUGUUUUCUCAGGGUGUUUGUUGAUGCCAUCAUUCUGUAAACUGAACAUUCUUGCUGCACAUGAUUUUCCUCCUUUUACAAACUUGUUUUGGUCUAUUGUUUUGAUUUGUGGAAAAAAAAGGUAAUUUCAAGAGCAAUUGUCCAAAAAAUGUUAUAUUUCUUGCUCUGCAGUGGCGCCUUGCCUCUCACUGAACAUUUCCAGGUCAAAGCUGUUCAAUAUCUGGUAAUUGAAGCGAUGAUUUGAGGUGCUCAUAGUUUGUUUAUUUAAACCGGUGCUGAACUGAACUGAAGUCAUCUUAGAUGUGUGAUGCCAGCUCAGUUGCACGUCAGUGUGCCAUACGGUUAUAAUUUCCCCCAGAGGUGAGUUACUGUGUCAUGGGAAUGAUCCGGUGCCAUAUUGUUGUUUACAUCUGAUGGUAUAAGAACAACCACUCCAAGAACAACAUCAGAGUCCCAACAAAAGAUGGCUGCAACUCUUCUACUUGAUACAUUCCUUGUCGCUCCGUGAGAGAAGUCUGGUGUGAGACUACAACUGUAAAUGAAAGUGAAACGUUUACGCUCAAUGAAUAAA